UGCCUUAUAAUGUCUUGAGAGCUCUCCACAAGAACUUCCAGCUCCAAGCUCCAACCGGAGGCUUCAAAAAUGACUUCAGAACCAGAGACACCGCGAAUAACCGAGCUCCAUGUAAGGAUGGACUGCAACGGGUGCGUGCACAAGAUCAGGAAGACCCUGAGCGGCAUUGACGGUGUAGGUGAGGUACAUGUUGAUCAACCUAACCACAAGAUCACGGUGGUGGGGAUCGCUGAUCCUGCGAAGAUCGUCAAGGCCAUCAGGAAGACCAAUAGGGUUCCCACCAUCUGCUCACACACCGACCCUGCAGCUCCGGCGCCACCCGCGGAAGGGGGAGAAGCCCCGGCUGCAGCUCCGGCGCCAUCCGCGGGAGGGGGAGAAGCCCCGCCUGCAGCUCCGGCGCCACCCGCGGAAGGGGAAGCCCCGGCUGCUGAUGCGCCUCCGCCUCCGCCUCCGCCUCCGCCUGCAGAAGAGGCACCAGCAGAACCCACCGCGGCAGAGAACAAAGAGGCGCCGCCGGCUGAAACGCCAGCCACCGCCAUGAUAUACAUGGUGCAUGACUGCCCAUACAGCCACCAUGCGUACAAAGGUCACUGGGCAGUCCAUCCGAGCAACAUCCAUGGCGUCAGAUAUGAAUAUGAUGCUGCCGCACCAUAUUACGCAGCACAUAGUCGUAGCUAUAGUCCUUGCACAUCAGAGUACGGACAUGGGGGCUCUUCUGCCCAAGAAGGAAGAUGCUACUACCAUCCAGCGGCUGCUAGGGGAAGAGGAGAUGGGAGCCAGAUCACUUCGAUGUUCAGCGAGGAGAAUCCCAACGCAUGCAGCAUAGCAUAAUUAAAAAAGAGGCCGUUUGCGUAAGGAAUCUGUUUCUGUAAACUCUUUCGGCCAGAAAGGGCAAGAGAGACAGAUUUUGCUUUUUGCCUACAUAUGAAGGUGUAAAAUGGAUAUAGGGUUUAGUUUUUUAUAA